GCGGCCACCGCAGAAGAAGAAACUCCCCCAUGAAAUGAAAUUAAUUGAAAGAGUGUUGUAGACUUAUACAUCACGUAGUUUUUACUCAAACACGUUCGUUUAAAGUCUAUCGAAGGGUGCCGUUUGGAGAGAGAAUGUCAGGGAUACCUGCAGACACGUGGCAGCCGCAAACAGUGACUUUGGACACGACGAUGGGAUCGAUUGUGGUGGAGCUGUACUGGAGGCAUGCACCAAAAACCUGCAAGAACUUCGCAGAGCUGUCCAGAAGAGGCUACUACAUCAACACAAAGUUUCACCGAGUCAUCAAAGACUUCAUGGUGCAGGGAGGAGACCCAACAGGAACCGGUCGCGGUGGUGCCUCCAUAUAUGGUAAACAGUUUGAAGAUGAGCUGAACACAGAACUGAAAUUCACAGGUGGUGGUAUUUUGGCGAUGGCCAAUGCAGGACCAGACACAAAUGGAAGCCAGUUCUUCUUCACUCUCGGUCCCACUCAAUGGUUAGAUGGCAAGCACACUAUUUUUGGAAGAGUACGCCAGGGAAUGGGAUUGCUGAACCGAAUCGGGAUGGUGGAAACAAACGGUCAAGAUCGGCCGGUUGAUGACAUCAAAAUCAUCAGAACUAAUGUACCCAAUUAAACAAAUACUGGUUUUUUUUACACUGAUUUUUUUUUAAUUCAAUAAAUGUUUGAUAAAUGUCUGUCAUGUUUCUUAAGUGUAUGAAGCUGGCCUAGUAUUGAAAUUAUCAAUAUUUGACAGUUGUAUUUGUACCAACUGAAAUGUAGAGGAACAGACAAAAUUUCAGGCCUAGCUACAUUUCACUGUCAAAUAUAGAGCUGCAAUGAUUAGUUUAUUGACAAAAAAUGUAUUCGCAACUCAUUUGAUUAUGGUUUUUCAUUUUUCAAGCAAAAAUGCCCCAAAUUUGAUAAAUCCAGUUCAAUAAAUAAGAAAAUGUACUUUUCCAAGGUAAAAUAAAUAUCUUUUGGGUUGGGUUGAUCUGAUUAGAAAAAAUAUUUUUGAAGAUGUGACUGAAUCCUGAGAAAUUUCCUGAGAGUUUUCUAAUGUUUUAGAGACCAAACGAUUAGUGGCGGAAUAAAGAUAUUUAG